AUGCUCUUCGCCUCUCUUGUUGGCAUCCUCGCGGCCUCGCAGGUCGUCGCCGUGCCUCACAUCCAGAAACGCGACCACUCGCACCUGGCCAAGCGCAACUUUGGUCGAGUCACCUUCUUCCGUAGCACCGACUCUGACCCCAACCUCGCCUGCCAGGGCUACUAUUACAGUGACGAGUCGUUCCCCCUCGUCGCUCUGUCCACCAGCGGUGACUUUUCUCAGGACAAGUGUGGCCAGUGGAUCACUGUAACCUACAACGGCAAAUCCGUCUCGGCUCAGGUCCAGGACGCUUGUGCGACCUGCUCCAAUGGCCAGAUCGACCUUUCUCCCGGUGCCAUGCGUCAGCUCGACAGCAACUACGAGACCACUGGCCAGUUUAACGCAGAGUGGAGCUUUGGCGGUGGUGGUGGCAGCUCUCCCAAGGAAGAGACGACGACAAAGGAAGAGCCCAAGCCGACCCCGACUCCUGAGCCUACCCCGACCCCGACUCCGGAGCCCACUUCUACCUCGACUUGGACGCCGUCGACUGAGUCGUCGACUUCUAGCUCUACUUCGUCUUCCUCGAUUGCCACUCUGUCGUCGAGCUCGACCCUCCUCCCUUCGGCGAGUCUGCUGAACGCCACAACCUCGCUUAACGCUACUGUUUCGGCCAAUGCUACGGCCUUGCUCAACGCCACGGCCUCGCUCAACGCCACGGCCGCGCUCCCCUCUGCCUCGGGUAACGCCACCGUCUCGAUCGCUCCGGGCACCGACCACGUCGUCGAGGGCACAGGCGCCGUCGAGGACGGCAACCUCUCGGGCGUCGGCAACCUUGUUGUCAGUGUCGGCCGCCUCAUCGCCCUCGCUGUUGGCGCCAACUAG